AUGGAGGAACCUUCAUUUCAACCCAUCAUCACAUUAUAUGACGCAGUAACAGAUUCCCCUGUGUUUCGUUCAAGCGUCUAUCGCUAUGACCAGCAACUUGAACAUUUGGAGCAUUGGCUAGAUUCACUUUCACGUCAUUUGAGAUUAUAUACCGAGAAAUUGAACAAAUUCAAUGCGGAUACAUUGAUAUUAUGUCAGAAAGCGGUACCAGAUGGCCUGGAUGAGACACUGAUAGAUCCCAAUUUCACUGGAGCAAUCAUCAAAGGCUUUGCAGAUGCACUACAAACAAGCUUGUCCUUUAAAACCAAUUUAAUUCAUAACCUCGAGGAAAGCCUGAUAUCGCCACUACAGCAAUUUUUAAAGACACAUCUACGAGAUUUUAAGGACUUUAGAAAGCAGCAUGAAAAAGCUAUGGAGAAGUAUGAAAGCCAGUUGGCCAAAUAUAGCGGGUUGAGCAAAUCAAAAGAACCUUCUGCGGUUAGAGAAGAAGCAUUUCGAUUGCAUGAAGCGAGAAAGGAGUAUGUCAAAAUGUCCGGUCAACAUGUACUGAGGAUUCUGAACUUUCGUUCGCUGUUGGAGCAUUGUCUUGUGGAGCGAUUCACUGCUGCCACUGUUGCACAUAAGGAUUUCUACAAGGACAUUCAGGUGUGGGCAAAUCUCGAUGCUGCAUUAUCGUACUGGAAGCAAUGGCUUAUUGAUGAUAAAUUUACCUGUUCAUUUCAAUUGCACAGACAGCAAAUAGCGAGAAGAAAGCUGGAGGAGGAAUUCAUCAGACUGACAGCACCUGAGCGAGAUAUCGGAAAAUACGUUACACCUUUACAAACAGAAAAAUCAGAUGGAAGCAUGAUGAACUCCAAGUGGGGCUAUCUGUUUGUGCGAGUCUCUCGCCAUUCAUGGUCUCGCAAAUGGCUCUUUAUCCAUGAUGGCUAUUUGGGUGUGUGUCAGGUCAACAGCUCUGGCAAGCACAGGAGUUCUAUAUCGAUUGAAGCUAAAAUACGUUUAGCCGAUUGUCAAGUGCAUGCCGUCGCUGAUGCCGAUAGACGUUUCUGCUUUGAAGUCGUUCAGCCCAAACAGCAAGCUUCGUUUGUAUUGCAAGCAGAGACGGAGGAAAUGAAACAAGAUUGGCUGAGAGUAUUUGAUAAGAAUAAGCAGUUUGCAGAAGGCGAGAAAGCACCCUCAUCACCCAUGAGCUUGACCAAAUCACCUACUCUUAUCAGAUCAAAAUCUACUGCCACAACCGCAUUAUCUUCACCUACUGCCACCACGAACAGCGAUAUCUUGCAUUCCAAUACUUCAUCGCCUAAAAUCAAGCGCACAGACUCAUCUUCUACCUUUUCCAGCAUGUCCAUCAUCAGUAACAACCAUCAAAAAUACCCUCUCAUUAAUGAUAGCUCGCUUAUUCUGUCUAAAAACUGCUCGGAAGAAGGGCCAUCCAUUGUCAUGGUAUCCACCACACCUGACACAAAAGCAUCGCUUGCAAAUUCAUCCUCACUGACUCCACUGCUGGUCUGGGAGGCUUCUCGAGGCUUAGGUUCAGCACCUACCUCCUCCGUGGACAUUGCUGCUUCUGCAAAGCAACUCCCUGCUGGAUCAUGGGGCAUACCAUGGUCGUUGGUACCUGCUAUGAUGAACUCGACACAGGAUUUCAGUGUGCUUGAUCCUAAUGCCUCAAAAGCACCCAUCCUUGCUGCUUCUCUGCCUCAGGUCAUAUGGCCUGCUAAACCGGCUUCUGUUCAUAUUCCAAGUGUUGGUAUUGAUGGAUAUCCAGAUAGGAUGAACUCUCAGAACAGAGAGCUUCGUCGCUUGUUUGGGGGUGUCAAGCCUGAGGAAAUAGUGCUUGAUGUAUUUGUUUGCUGUCUCAGAAAGCAGCCUGCUGUUACUCAAUACGAUACAGAUAUUGAAACUGCCAAAUCGACAACGCGUUCAUCUAGUGCGGAUACCUACGAAAAGGAAUUGGAACAUCACUUGACACAAACUGGCUUAAAACCACCUUCAGACUUUGGCUAUGCUUACACGGGUCGUGGUUUCAUUACACAGACCACCUUCUGGUUUUAUAGCUGCGUGUUGAUGACCUGCAUUAACUCUGUUGCUGUACGAUUAAAGGAUAUUGACCAAGUGACUAUAGUUAAGGACACAUCGCUGGCUCGUCUUGUCAAUGAAACUGCACUAGCCAUGAAUUCCGAUCUCGUUAUCUCGAUUACACUUCUUCCCAACAGUCGCAGCGAUAUCAAGGAGCCUUUGAUUCUAGGCACAUUGAUGGACGAUAUUGAAACCACUGCUGAGAAACUGAGAUUUGCUGUCAGUAACGCAAAGAAGGAAGAAACAAUGCAGAGUAAAGACAUAUUCAACAAGAUGCUAAACAUUUCUGAAAGCUCGGCAACCCACAAGAGUGUUGUCGUCGAUCUCCCUCUGUCAUUCAGCAGUGCACUUUCUCAUAUUGCUCACAACACGGCUGAGAGAAGCACAGGCACCAUUGUAUCUGUUACGCCCAAGUUUCCAAUGGUAGCUGCUAGUAGUCGUCCUCAUGCUGCUACUGUGGGUCCUGAGGCAAGAGUCAACCCUGCGUCCAUUUUGAAGCCUGUAUUUCGUCAACGAGGUGAAUCCGAGCCGCUCAAGCCCGUCUUGACCACGCCUGCCGUUAAAUCACUACCCACGAAAAUGGAACCACCCAAGCCUGAUCCUGAUAUGCCUCCACCAAAUAUUGAAUGUCCUGAUUCUGUUGUUGAGUGUCAUUGUGAUGAUCAUUUGGAGAGAAAAGAUGCUCAAAUCACGCUUCCCAUCUCUGCCAAGCGAUGCUACGAGCUGCUCUUUUCGAACGAACAGACUGCUGCUCCCACAGAUGGAGGUGUUUGGGCUGAAAAAACAGCGGCUAUUGAGGGUCAUGAUUUAUCCGUAUCAAAAUGGGGCAUGGUGGAUGGAAAAAUGCAACGUGUCUUGAAGUACUGGAUGCCUGUGUCCAACCCAAUCGUGCGCAUGAAGGAGGCUGAAGUGGUGGAAACGCAAGUACUCAUUCAUAAGGAAGAUUACAUACGAUAUACGGUACAAAUCUCUACAAAAACUGCUGCUCUUCCAUAUGCAGAUGCUUUCAUUCCAUCUGUCAGAUAUUGCAUUACUUGGAUCAGCAAAUCAGAGUGUCAGUUGACGUGCUAUUUAGGCGUGAGAUGGGUCAAGAGUGUGCUUGUUCGAGCUAUUGUUACAAGAGCUGCGCUCAAAGGAAUGGCUGACAGUGUAGGUGUCUUUAUCCCCAUAUUGCAAGAGGCUGCCAAAAAUAUUAAAGAAUCCGUGGACGAAGCUCGUAAACAAGUGAUGGAGCACAACAAGAACCUUCUCAAGAGUGAGGCCACCCCACACGUAGCAAGCGGCAUGCACUCCGUGUUAGAAGAAGAUCAGGAUCCUUCCACAAACAACGAAUACAUGCUGGAGAUUGCAUCUUCUGCUGAUGUGCCAGACACGGCACAACAGUUGGGAUCGAGCGAUGUAGCCCCUCGUUCCAUCGUCCAGCCUGUGGUAGCAUCCACCACUGUAACUACGACUAUUGCUGGCAAAGCUCUUGAAAGAGCCACUCCCUCGCCAUCAGGCCCAUCUACCAUGACAGCGUUGGAGAAAGACAACGAUAUUAGCUUGAAUGUGCCCAACAAACAACCACAACGAUCCAAGCGGCUGGAACAACAACCCCAACAGAAUGCUCGCAGUAAGGCAACCAAAUCGGUGGCGCCUCAGCCAUCAAAGCAAGAGCUGCAGCAAGGAGAAUCAGCCACCGAAAAGCAUUGGUUAUCUACUAUAGCUGAUUAUGCUCCUAUCAACUUGAAGACUGUAGGGAUGUUUGUUUUAAUGGGCUUUACUGUAUACAUGUCUACCAUUUGGAUACGAUCAAGUCAUCGAGUGGCAGACAAAGCAGAUGAAUUUCUGCACCUCAAUAUCACUCCAAAGGAUACAACUGUCAACUAUAUGAACCAACAACCUAUAUAUCUUCAAAAAUCUACUUCUCGAUCUGUCUAUUUGCGUGAUCUUGAUGAAGGGUUCUUGAAAAGCUCCAUACAACCGCCAUAUGCAGAUUCCAUCAGUUUCAAGGCAUUCUUACAAUCCAAGAGAUCAGAUGUUGAAGCAAAGGAGCAGCAUGUUGAUGAAUACGCUAUCAAUAGUCGUCAUUGGUACGCUGUGGAGCAUUAUCGCCUAGCUGUGGAUUUGGAUAUGAGUCGAGACAGAAUUGCCAUGUUACGACACGAUAUGUUGACCAUUUUCCAAGUGUUGAACAAAUUGGACACGCAAUUAGUAGAGAACGAGUAUACCAACUGGCUGUUAGACACUCGACUCAAGUGCAAGUACUAUCUACCUCUUUCAGAACAAGAUCCCCGGGCUGAAAAGGCUGCAGAUCUAUGCCAAGAUGUGAGAAGCCAACUUGAAAAGCUGUUCUAA